AUGGCCAUGAGGCUGAUGAAGGUUGACAUCAGCCGCGGCUGGAUGAAGUUCAAGUUGGUCUACAGGAAGAAAAUGGAAGAAAAACAGCGGCGCAAGGAUCAGCAAAUCUGGGCAGCGCGUUUCAUGUCCGAGAAGCUCACGAAGUUGGGCAAGCAGAAGGCCAAAGAAAUCGACGAUGUCCGAGAGGGAGUGAUCACGCGCAUCCAGCAGAGGUUCCGAAGCUACAGGGAAGACAUGAUCUUCGACAGGACGUACCCGCUGACCUCCAACAUGAUGGCAAGGGUGCAAUCUGCCAAAGUGGGCCAAGUAGUGGACUACUCCAUGCAAACCGCCCCAGCCUCGAGGUUGUGGCUGGAUAUUUCCCACGCUUGGGGAGUAGGAGCAGUGUUGGCUUGUUGGAUUCUCACUUGCACUUGCACGUGUAUCUAUUGUGCAAUCCUUAGUUGGGUGCUGCGUCAGUCCUCCUCAGCCUACACGCUGCUCGUCACCUCGAGGGCAACUGUUGUUUUUCAAUUCUUUAGGUGCAGCGAGCACCUUUGGUCUCUUGCCAGGGUGAUGGCCCAAAAAGUUCGCAAGCCACAGAAAUUCAGCAGCGAACCCAUGGAACCACCGAAAGCUGAAGGACUUCCGUGCCUUGCCCUGAACUUCCAAACCAGCAGCCCAUCACAACCUUCAAGCCCUGAGCAGUCAGCAUCCAACCCAAACCCUCGUAGGCCCCAGACUCUGCACAUCUCAGCACCAUCGACCAUUCUUGGUGUCCGAGGUCUCUGCAGAUGA